UUAGUGUAGAACUAGAAGCAUGUCAUCACUGUUAGUGAAACGUAACGGCAACCGGUGGCUCAGCGAAGACUUCUACAACAUCCGGGCAUUCCGCAGCUCUGCGCAGAAACGGAAUGGCGGAGUUGGUUCAAUGGGCUCAGGAGACCUCAGCCAGUGUCUGCCGUAUCUUCUGAGCAGGAGAGAUGAAGAGCGCUUGCCUGCCGCCGCUACCAAGCCCCUAGCCAGGGUGUGGAGGAGGAGGAGAGCGGGCCUGCCCACGCGCCCUCUAGACAUGGCGACCCAUCCCCACGCCGGCCAUGAGAUGCCACUGGAGGAGCUGCUGGCGCUGUAUGGCUAUGACCUGUCCAACCCCCUCAUCCAGAGAGACCGUGGGAGCAGCACCCUCACAGACAUCACAUGCAGCAAGGAUCCCAUGACGAAAGAGCUGUUCUCCACGGAGCUGGACGGGGACGGAGAGGAGGAGGAGGUGCAGUCUCUACCCGGUGACCUCACCCCCUCAGUGGCCUCCGACAACUCAGACAUCCUGCGGUGCCAUCUGGCAGCACUUACAUCCGGAGACAAAGACAUAUCAGUCAGCUCAUCAGACGAAGAAGACUCAGACAGUGCCUCCAUUCCCUCCAAUGACAGCCACAAGGACAUUAUGGUGGGGCCUCAGUACCAAGCCACUAUCCCUCCUCUCGGCGUCUUCCCCUGCCAGGACCGAGCCUAUGAGAGUGAAGACCAGUUGCUAUGGAAACCAGGGGUCAUGUCACCUUCUGAGGUGGAGAGGUUCCUAAUCCUGGCACACAGGCAAUGGGGACAACACCCGGAUACCAUGUCAACGCACACCGUCAAGGACAACGAACAGGCACUGUACGAGCUUGUGAAAUGUGACUUCAAGGCAGAAGAAGCGUUGAGAAGACUACACUUUAAUGUUAAAGUUUUUAAUGAGGACCUGUGUGGCUGGAGUGAAGAGGAGCGUAGGAAUUUUGAACAUGGCUUCCGUGUCCAUGAGAAGAACUUCCAUCUCAUUCAGGCCAACAAGGUACGCACGCGUUCGGUAGGCGAGUGUGUGGAGUACUACUACCUGUGGAAGAAAUCAGAGCGGCACGACUACUUCAUGCAGAUGCAGCAGACCACCAGAAUAGGGCGCCGCAGAUACAACGUACAGAUAAGCAACAUUGAUGACGGGGAUCAGGAUGGGGAUGCUGGAGAGCUGGAGAGGAGCAGCAGUAGCAACUCACACACGUCCAAUGGCCAAUCCCACACCCCCGCCCCCUCUCCAGACCUGGAGAAGCAAGAAGAGUAUCAGGGUCGUCCGCGGCGGAAGCGAGCAACGCGUUUUCAGUUAAAGCCCUGAGCACACGCAACGCACUGCAUGCACUGCAGCCAGGGCACACAGAUACAGGGUGUGGGCUGUCCAUAGGAGACCUCUGCGCCUCCUCCUGUGCCUCCCCCUGCCCCCUCUCCUCCUCUUCUUCCUCCUCACCUCCUCCUCCUCCUCUGGGAGCAGACUCCCUCUUCAGCUCCUACCCCCCGCUGCCUCACCUGGAGGACUUGAGUAGUGCGCCUCCUCCCCCGCCCCCUUGCUCCGACUCCCUGUCCCCCCCGCAGCUCUUCCCCUCUUACUACACCCCCCCGCCCCCCUCCUCCCCCUACCUCUGCACCCCCUCCAGUGACGGCUCCCCGCCCCACAUCAUCUCCAGCAUCCCGCCCCACCUCGACCUUCACCAUGACCCCCAUCAUGACCCCCAUCAUGACCUCCAUCAUGACCUUCAUCAUGACCUUCACGAAGACCCCAGCUUUUGCCACCUGCAGCUGGGCUCCUAUCUCCAGGGUGACGAUCUCCUGCCUGCGCUGCAGAGUAACCUGGACCUGGCUAUGCCCCCGCUGCUGCCUCGGAUGCCCCCCAUGACCACCCCCCUCCCCCUCCCCGAACUCACCCCGGGGCCACUGCUGUCCCCACCCCGACCCCACCUGCUGGGGCCCUUCCUCCCCCUCCCCCUCUCCCCCUCCCCCUCCGCCUCGGACGCCGCUGACUUUGGGCCGUCGCUGGAUCACUUCUCCCGCCUGCUCGCUGCCCGGCUGUCAAACGGUGACUAGGUGGGUGUUGUGGAGGCAAGUCGGAGGGAUAGAGGGGGAGUCUUUUGUCUCCUCUCGAAUGUCCAGAAAUGAUCUUGUACUGUAUUCUUCACCGGACUGAUGGAUAAUUCAGUCCACAUCCGUGCCAAGGGUAAAGACAAUCCCGUAAGUUAUGAUUUCUGCAGUGAGCGAAACCUUUCUAGAUGGAUUGUGGAGACGAUGUCUGAUUCUGAUCAUCGCUUGUGUGGUCCCAAAAGCACAGAACUUGACGUACUCAAGUACUGUUUUCAGGCCGACCAGAACCAACUUUCCGGUUGACGAACGCUAAGAUCUGCUGCAUUAACACGCCGGGCCGGUUCACGAUUAGGUGCGGGAAUGGGCACCGGCACGAUUCUCAGUGGGUCUACACGCGCCAAAGGUGAUCUUUGUAGCACCAAAACGUUCUGAUGAGACCGGUCUGGAAGCGGACAGACAUAUCUGAAACUAGUACGAACUGACUAGUACGAAACGUCAUCUCUCCCAGCCUACAGACGUUUGUCGAGCUACUGUCACCUGACUUUGAGCCUCUUUUUCAAGACGCUUUUGUGUCCCUUUCUUUUGCCUCAGCGUCCCACCAAAGCUUUUGACUUGUUUCGUACUCCGCUCCCGUUUGAGACAUCUGUGUCAAUUCAUGUCCCUGUGUCAACCUCUUAUGUUGAUGGUAGUGAACUACGGACUGUGAUUCCGUUUGGACUUUUGUGCAAAGACAGAGAGAAAGAGAAUUUAUUCCUACGUACCUAAGUGCACACACGUCCCUCCUCCCUUGUAAAAGAUCUCGUGAUGGUCUCGUACAGAGUAUUUUGUUCUAUCAAUGUGAUUAUGAUGUGAUUGGAUUUUUUUUGUUUUCGUGAGUGUGUAAGUUUGUAUGUGAGGAACUGGAAAAAAAAAGAAACGUGAUGUUGAUUUUUUUGUGGUGAAUGGAGUGUGUCUCCAAACACAACACAUUUGAAAAAAAAAAAAAUACUAUUUAAGUAUCAUUUUUUUACAUCUUUCCCUGUGCUUCCUUCCAUGCACAUGCGUUUUGCCCGAUCCUGAUCUCUCCUAAGACUGGGCUUCAGUUGUACGGUUUUUAUCUGAACAGGCAAUG